AUGAGGGCUCUGCUGCGGGAUCUCUUGCUGCUCUGCUUGCUCGCCCACGUGCUUGGGGACUGCCAGCGGGACUGCCUGGCCUGCAGCCGGCUUGUCUACAACCAGCCAGACAGCUUCAAUGUUCUCGUCUGCAUCGUGGAGUGCGAAGGGAAGGUCUUCUCCAGCGGCACCUGGGAGCUUUGCAGCAAGGUGGCCGGGAAGGCCACGCUACAGCUCAGCGCGGACAGCCUGGAGGAAGACGUUUACCAGCCCCUGGACACGGAGGACGGCGACCUGUUUGGAGGAGGCCUGAAGCGCUACAACGACCUUACCAAAGUGGUGGAUCUUAGCAAAGUGGAAGACGAGAAGCGAGUGUCCAAGGUGAGCGGCUUGAUCCGCCAGCGGGAAGCAGAAGACGGUGCCAGUGAUGGGAGCGAGACCCAAGUGGGGGACUUCCCAGAGCAGCCCAAGGACAUUUCCAAGAGGCUCGGUGACUUCCUGAACGGAAAGUACAGUUACCGGCAGGUGCUGGAGCCCGCCGUGAGCGGGGUGCAGAAACGAUACGGGGGCUUCAUCGGGGUCAGGAAGUCAGCCCGGAAGUGGAACAACCAGAAGAGGUUUAGCGAGUUCCUGAAGCAGUACCUGGGCAUGUCGCCACGCUCCAGUGAGUACGACGGUAUCGGCAACGACCUGAAUGAACAGAAUGAGAUCUAA